AACAACUUAAGGUUUCGUAUCUGUUCAGUAUGGUACUCAUUAAUAUAAAUCUUAAAAGAAAGAUAUUUAUAUCUACCGCGGCCAAAAUAAGAAAACAUUCUUGAUUAUUUAAGAACCAGUCAGAAAAACCCAUAUUGUCAAAGUAGGACAUCAUCGGUUCAAUGCAUCAUGGAGAGUUGUGUAACACAUACCGAACAAGAAGCGGAGUUGAAACUUUAAAUGGAUAUAUUUGUAACUCAUCGGAGACGGAAGUCGACUCACGAAGUUGGCCAAUAGGAAGAAGAGUAUUAACAAGUUCGCCACGACCUCUGUGCAGACAACUUCCUGGGACCGGGGGCACUUCCUCCUUAAUCGAGUUACAGUUGAAGAGGGUCAGGGACCGGCAACUUGUGCAACUUGGUGGCCGAACAGAACUUCUCCAAGCCCAGGAAAUUCAUUCAAAUCAAACCAUCAUUUAAAGCCCAGCGAUUGGGCAACAAGACAACAGCGGUUGGUUACUUUUGUAGAUAAAUAGAAUCAAUAGCUCCAGAGGAGGAAUCAUCAAAAUAUACAAGAGGCCGAGUUGGUAUUACAUUGAAACUUCAGCCACUGGAUCUAACUUAGUUCCAAAGAACCAAAUAAGCUUAUUAUAACUUAAUCAUUACAAUUGAUAAUAAUGAAGACUAGUGAAAGUGUAUAAAUUUAGAAAGAACUAAAAGACCGAGAGUGCCUGGUUUGGAGUACGUGGGUUCGAUCCUCAAUUCAGUCAGUCAAUAAUAUUGGAUACAUUGAGGUCUCGUGAAAGAAACGAUGACAUUGGUUAGAAAUGGGCGACUAUCUCUAGGUAAUCCUUGCAAAAGAUACCAACCCUUGAAACAAGUAUGAAUAGGCUUUAAAAAAUCUAUAACGAAAACUCUACAGAACAAUUACAGUCCAGUCCGAAGAUGGAUCAUAGUGUCUGAUGAAAUAAACAGUAGAAGUGAAUUUUAUAUUGUGACAAUAUAACAAUUUUUAAAAACAAAACAAAGUGUGGACAUUUUAUUUAGAAGACCAUUCAUUAUAAUAGCGGCAACAUUUAACAAAAGUUACAAUACAACAUUAAACACAAUGGUAUUUAACUUGAAAUGAAAUACCCCAAACCUAAUGUGUGAAUUUAUUAUUAAUAUUAUUGGUAGUCUUUUUCUGAAUGGACUUAUACCUAAUGAAUUACUGAUUUAAAAGUGAAGAAGCAAAUAAAUUGUAAUUUUA